AUGGUUUUCUUAGAAAUGUUCUUCUUCCUUUUACUUGCAACAUUUGGUUACUCGAUCUCCCUUCCAAGGCACCACCAUCCUCACCCUUCUCAUUCUUUACUCACGGAUAAAGCUGCUCUUUUGGAAUUCAAAAAAACAAUCAUAUCAGACCCUCAUUCCUCACUUGCUAACUGGGACGAAGCUGUUCAUGUGUGCAACUUCACUGGUGUUGAAUGUGACAAAUUCCAUCACCGUGUUAUAGGACUAAUCUUGUACGAUAAAGGUCUAGUAGGGCUCCUUUCACCUGUUCUUUCCAAUCUUACUGGAUUGCACACCCUUGAGAUUGUUCACAGUCUCUUAUUUGGCAUUAUUCCGCCUGAAUUUUCCUCACUCAGACGCAUUCAUAGUAUCAUUCUUGAGGGGAACAAUCUGCAUGGUCCAAUACCACAGUCAUUUUCCCAGCUUUCCAAGCUUUACAUUCUAGUUAUUAAAGAAAAUAACAUAACAGGUUCACUUCCUCCAUCUCUCUUUUCCAAUUGCACUCAACUAGACGUUGUGGACUUCUCCAGCAACUCCCUAAGUGGUCAAAUCCCACAAGAGAUUGGAAACUGCCCAGGCUUGUGGAGUCUCAGUUUGUACAGUAAUCAAUUUACUGGACACCUUCCUCUCUCUUUGAAGAAUCUAUCACUUCAAAAUUUAGAUGUGGAGUACAAUUAUCUAUCUGGUGAAUUGCCUACGAAGUUUGUAAGCAGUUGGCCAAAUCUCCUUUACCUUCAUUUAUCAUACAACAAUAUGGUAAGUCAUGAUAGCAACACCAAUCUUGAUCCAUUUUUCACGGCACUUAAAAACAACAGUGCUCUAGAGGAGCUUGAAUUGGCAGGAAUGGGCCUUGGGGGAAGGUUCUCCAACACUGUUGCCACCCAACUCACUAGUCUAAAAUAUCUACUCAUGCAGGAAAACCAAAUUUUUGGAUCAAUUCCUCACAGCUUAGCAAACCUUUCAAGGCUUUUGAUCCUGAAUUUAACAUCCAAUCUUCUAAAUGGAACCCUGUCCUCUGAGAUCUGCAGAUUACCAAACUUGGAACAGCUUUUCUUAUCACAUAACCUUUUCAAAACUUCAAUUCCAGAAGCAUUAGGCAAGUGUCUUAAUCUGGGUCUACUUGAUCUCUCACACAAUCAAUUUUCAGGUAGGAUUCCAGAAAGUUUGGGAAAUUUGGUUCGACUGAAUUAUUUGUUUCUCAACAAUAACCUUCUCUCAGGAACAAUACCUCCUACAUUGGGACGGUGUACUAAUCUGUACAAGCUUGACUUGUCCUAUAAUAGAUUAACAGGAAGCAUCCCACUAGAACUCACAGGCUUGCAUGAGAUCAGAAUUUUCAUAAAUGUCUCUCAUAACCAUCUUGAAGGUCCCCUGCCAAUUGAGCUCAGCAAAUUGGAAAAGGUUCAGGAAAUGGAUCUGUCAUCUAAUUACCUCACUGGAAGUAUCUUCCCACAGAUAGCAGGAUGCAUUGCUGUUUCAAUGAUAAAUUUUUCAAACAAUUUUCUUCAAGGUGAGCUCCUACAGUCCCUAGGUGAUCUCAAGAACCUCGUAUCUUUUGAUGUUUCAAUAAAUCAAUUAUCUGGAAGGAUACCUGCAACACUUGGUAAAAUUGACACACUCACUUUUCUCAAUUUAUCAUUUAACAACCUGGAAGGAAAGGUUCCAUCUGGUGGUAUCUUUAAUUCAGUGUCAUAUUUGUCAUUCUUAGGAAAUCCACAACUUUGUGGGACAAUUCCAGGCAUAUCAUUGUGCUCUCAAAGGAGAAGAUGGUUACACACUCGUUUGUCCUUGAUUAUAUUUAUUUUGGUCAUCUUCAUAUCAACAUUCUUGUCAAUAAUUUGCUGUGUAGUUGGAUGCAAGCGUCUUAAACUAAUCAUCUCCUCUCGAAGGACAGAGGCAUACAAAAGAGCAGCUAGACCUGAACUGAUAAGUAACUUCCCAAGAAUCACAUAUAAGGAACUCUCAGAUGCCACCGAAGGAUUUGACAAUCAGAGACUUAUUGGAUCAGGUAGUUAUGGACGUGUCUAUAGGGGAGUUCUUAUGGACGGGACACCAAUAGCAAUCAAGGUGUUGCAUUUGCAAUCUGGAAAUUCUACCAAGAGUUUUAACAGAGAAUGCCAAGUUUUGAAGAGAAUUAGACACAGAAAUCUGAUAAGAAUUAUCACAGCAUGUAGCCUACCUGAUUUUAAGGCUCUUGUUCUACCUUACAUGGCCAAUGGGAGCUUGGAGAGCUGCCUCUAUCCUUCUUGUGGAUCAUCAGACUUGAGUAUUAUCCAGAGGGUGAAUAUUUGCAGUGAUAUAGCCGAAGGGAUGGCCUAUUUGCAUCAUCAUUCUCCAGUCAGAGUCAUACACUGUGAUCUCAAACCAAGCAAUGUUCUCCUCAAUGAUGACAUGACCGCUCUAGUUUCUGAUUUUGGGAUUUCGAGGCUAACUAUGAGUGUUGGGGGAGGAAAUGGUGGGGCCAUUGAUAACAUGGGGAACUCUACUGUAAACUUGUUGUGUGGAUCCAUUGGAUACAUUGCACCAGAUGAUAUGUUUGUUGGUGGGUUAAGUCUGCACAGAUGGAUAAAGAGUCACUUUCAUGGAAGGGUAGAAAAAGUGGUAGAUCCUGCUUUGGUGACAGCUUCAAGAGAUCAAUCCCAAGAGGUUAAAAAGAUGUGGGAAGUUGCUAUUGCGGAGUUAAUUGAGUUGGGAAUUCUUUGCACACAGGAAUCACCUUCGACAAGACCAACCAUGCUUGAUGCAGCAGAUGAUUUAGAUCGUCUCAAGAGAUACCUUAAUGGGGACACAACUGGAACUUUUGCCUCAUCUCUUGGAAUUUCAUCUUCCACUAUAGGUGAUGAUUAUUGAUUAACGGUUUUCUCUUCUUUCAGCCGAUAAUGGGCAGUGCCCACUUGUCUUGUAUACCUAUACUUUGCCCAAUGGUAGAUCCAACCUAUAACCACAGAAGCAUAACUUGAAAUUUUAUAUAAUAUAUGAUUAGAUAACAAGAACUUCCCAGUUCCUA